AUGUGUCCUCAAUUGAGAGAACGUGCCAUACAAUUAUUAAAACAAGAAAUGUUAAAAUGUGAAGAUGUUCCAUUUACGAAUACAUCAGUUGCUGCAAACACAUUAAUAUCAUCAUCGCCAUCUUCUUCAAUAUUAUCACCAACGACUUCAACAUCAUGCUCAUCAUCAACAAGUACAGCACCAUGCUCAUCAUCAAUAACGUCAGCAUCAUAUUCUACAUCAAUGUCGCUGACAAAUUCUUCAUCAGCACGAAAAAAAAUAUUAAUCGAAAUAUUCGAUAAGCCACAUGUAGUACUAG